CACUUGGUUCGCAAGGUUUAGGGCGUUCAGGGAAAGUGAGCGGAUCUGGGAAGAGGGAAAACCUCUGCGCAAAGCUGAAGAAAGGUUUAUAGCUCGGCUAGAUGGAUCCACAGUUGGUGGAAGUUACGCAGAUCUUUGGACGAUUCAAAGCGGCGAUGCUGAGGAACGAUUUCGGAACCUGCGCCAAUCUUCUCUCCCAGCUGAAGGUUCUUCUGACAAAAUUUCCAAGCCUACCACCAUCAUUUCAGCAAUCAGCUAAUGCUGUUGAGGAGCUGCAGAUAGCAAGGGAUAUAUAUGAACAUGCUGUUGUUUUGAGUGUAAAGACUGAGGACCAAGAUGCUUUUGAGAGGGAUUUCUUUCAACUGAAGCCUUUUUAUACUGACACAUGCGGUCUUAUUCCACCGUCACCCCAGGAAUACCCUAUCUUGGGUCUUAAUCUCUUAAGGCUCCUUGCACAAAACCGAAUAGCAGAAUUUCACACCGAGUUAGAACUCCUUUCCCCCACUGCAUUGGAGAAUCCUUGCAUCAAACAUGCUGUUGAGCUCGAGCAGUCUUUCAUGGAGGGUGCUUAUAAUCGCGUUUUGAGUGCGAGGAAGUCUGUCCCUCAUGAAUCGUAUGUAUAUUUCAUGGAUCUCCUUGCAAAAACUGUCAGGGAUGAGAUUGCAGGCUGCAGCGAGAAAGCUUAUGAUUCAUUGUCUGUCGCUGAUGCAAAGAAAAUCCUGAUGUAUACAUCUGAUCAGGAGCUUCAAGAUUACAUUUCUGAGGAACACCCGGAAUGGGAGAUCAAGAAUGGAUUCCUAUUCUUUCAGAAGGCCAAAGAAUUACAACCACACAAGGAGAUACCUUCCUUACAAUUAAUCAAUCAAACUUUAAGCUAUGCAAGGGAGUUGGAGCGGAUUGUCUAGAGUUCCAGAAUGUUCCAGAAAUCAUGAACCCUUAGGUUUCACCUUCUGAACCAUUACUAGAUUAUAUAAACAUUUAUAUUUAAGGUUUUUGAAUUGUUAUGAUUCUAAAUUGCAUGAAGUUGUCUUAUGUUGAGCAAAAUUUUGUUUUUUUCAUUACAUUCAACACCUAAAAUGUUUUUAUU